AAUGUCCCAACUAACAAAGAAGCCCGACGAAGCGGUGGUCGAGUCGUUGGUCGGGUUUGUCGAAGUGGCCACGCACGAGUUCUUGUACGUCGGUAUCGGAUCAUCAUAUGCAUGACCCUUCCUCCAUAUAGAUAUCGCUCCGACGUGUACCCGUCAGGCCUUUACGACAAGUGGAAGAAGUUUGACGUGCCCGUGCACAUAUGCAGACAUCCUCGACUACUAGAGUACAUCCGAUCUGUCGUCGCGAGCUGUCGGCCUUGGAUUGUGCAAGGCCGAGUCGAAUCGCUCUCGGUGGCGGUGCGGUCAACUAAAACGGGGGCGCUCCUGACCACUUGCGUCUUUGAACUGCGACUGUUGGCAUGCUCCAUCACGAACGAGGUCAAAGAACAGGUCGACGAAGUCUUCCGCCGCGCUCUCGUGCAGUUGUCGGCGGCGUUGUUGACAAAUCCCCUGCCUAAUGAUCACGACGAACGGACGUUUCGAAUGUUUCUGCGCACGAUUGAAGACACGUCGAUACCAGAAACCUUAGUGGGUGAACAAGACAUCCAGCAGUCGUGGAUACUGGCAACUCCAGCGGACGCGAACGAUGACGCGUCUGCUGCGCUACUUCCCAUUGCGUCCACGAGCCAGCCAGCCCUGCCGCUUCAGCUUAACUUGUAUCUCCUCCAGCCGCCACACAACACUCCUGCCGCCACCCCGUCGCCCUAGUUCUCUCAUAGAUCGAAUGCUAUCUUUUGAUCAUGCAAGUGCACGAAUGCGAACAUGCAUUCGCCUCUAUGUCCAUGCAUGUCGUCGUUCUGUUCCCAGGGGUUCAUCGCGCUCCUCUGCUGUCAUGCAGCAACCGCAUCCCGCCCGCCCCCAUUCUCGUGUCCAGUUCC